AUGGUACUUCAGUCUGAACCUCUUCGUGCAAUUUUAUGGGGAUAUGGCAUGUUGGGUGCUACAGUAGAGGUUUCGUUGAAUGUGUAUGAUGUGUACAAAACUGUUGUUAGAGAAAGUAUAAAUGGUACUGGAGUAUGGUCAGUUACUUUUAAUCUGCAAAUGGCUGGUACAAGAGGCACAAUCUCGGCCAGUCACAAAUAUAAUGGAGCAGUAGAAACAUAUUUCAUUUCGAACAUAAUUUUUGGCGAUGUUUGGAUAUGUGGUGGUCAGAGCAAUAUGGAAUUUCCAUUAGGUCAUAUAUUUAACUCCAGUGCCACAUUGAAAAAUGUUUCUAUGUAUCAUGAUAUUAGAAUAUUCACUGCUUCUCAAGUUACAUCUCCUGUCCCAUUGUAUGACAUGGUGGAUAUUGCGCAAGCUUGGGCUGUCCCUUCCGCAGUAAAUGCACAAUAUUUUUCAGCUGUGUGCUGGUUAUAUGCACAAAAUAUAUAUAACAAAAUAAAGAAACCAUUGGGUCUAAUAUCCAGUAACUGGGGAGGUACACCUGUUGAAGCAUGGUCAUCACCACAAGCACUUGCGAACUGUAAUUUGGAUAAAGUAAAUUCAUAUAUAAGUAUGUCUCCACAAUCUAACAGUGUGUUAUGGAAUGCUAUGAUUCACCCAUUGCUCAACAUGACAAUUUCAGGAGCAAUAUGGUAUCAAGGCGAACAAAAUGCUCAUUAUCAUAGAAAUACUUACAACUGCUCAUUUCCUGCUAUGAUAAAAGAUUGGAGGAAAUCAUGGUACAAGGCUACUAAAUCUCAAACAAAAUCUCAGUUCCCUUUUGGUUUUGUUCAAUUGUGUACUGUGGCGGCACCAAAAGAAACAGGAAGAUUUCCCUUAAUUAGAUGGCAUCAGACUUCUGAUUAUGGAUACGUUCCCAAUAAAAUGAUGCCAAACACAUUUAUGGCAGUUACUCUGGACCUCCCUGAUCCAAAUUCACCAUAUGGUUCUAUACAUCCAAGAGAUAAACAGGACGUUGGGUUUCGUUUAGCAACUGAGACAUUAAAGUAUGUAUACAAAGUUCUUGUUCAUGAUGAUGGCCCAUUUCCUGUCUCGGCAACUUUGAAAGGAAGCAACAUACUGCUGCAAUAUAAAUAUCCAAAUUUAAAAGUCAUAGGUAAAACAAAUUUUGAAAUAUGUUGCUCUGAAAGCAGAUGUGAUGUAAGCGAUUUGUCACCUAAAGGUUUUGCUGAAUGGCUCCCAACUGUGAUUAUUAAAUAUGAUGAACAGUUCGUCACUGUACAGGCAAAUAAGUGUUCUCACUUCGUGAAAAAAAUAAGAUAUUUAUGGUCUUCUACCCCAUGUGAAUUUAAAAAGUGCCCGAUCUAUGAUUCAAUGGAUUUUCCUGCUUCUCCUUUUGUUAUGAAUGUUGACACACAUUAG